ACUGCUGCCUGGUGACCAGCGACCAAUAGGAAGCUUGUUUACGAGCGGAUAAACAGAUUUGUUGUGUUGUGUUACAGUAUUAGUCCUCCUGCGAGUUUAACGACAAAAACGUGUCAAAAACGGAUCUUAAAACCCGGCCAACAUGAGUCUGUCCUUAAGAACUGAUCUCGCAGCAGACAAAAACAAGCGCAAGAAAAGGAGAGAGCUCACCGAGGAUCAGAAGCAUGAAAUCAAAGAGGCCUUCGAGUUGUUCGACACUGACAAAGAUAAAGAAAUUGACUACCACGAGCUGAAGGUGGCGAUGCGAGCGCUUGGCUUUGAAGUGAAGAAAGUGGAUGUUCUGAAGAUUCUCAAAGACUAUGACAGAGAGGGAAAUGGCAAAAUAACAUUUGAGGAUUUCAAUGAAGUUGUGACUGAUCGAAUCCUGGAGCGAGACCCAAAGGAGGAGAUCAUGAAGGCCUUUAAGCUGUUUGAUGAUGACGAGUCAGGAAAGAUCAGUCUGAGGAACCUGAGACGAGUAGCUCGAGAACUCGGGGAGAACGUCAGCGACGAGGAGCUGCGCAGCAUGAUCGACGAGUUUGACACGGACGGAGACGGUGAAAUAAACCAGGAUGAGUUCCUCUCCAUUAUGACCGGAGACUCCUGAUGAAGACUUCUGGAUUGAUCAUCUACAGCGUGAGAAGCUGAGUGACUGAAUGUCUGAAGGGUCAGCUAACUCUCGAGGGUCUGAAUGGACUUUAAGCACUUGUUGGUUUAUACUUGAUUCAUCGUGUCAAAGGACCGGACCGCCUGAAAAGUUCGACAUGGGCCGCGUUGCUCCAGUCAGUCAGUUUUUCCUGUUUAUCAUGCAGCUCUUCUCUUCAUUCUCACAUUUUACAUGAUUCCGUCUUAAUAAAACGUGCUGUAAUUUCACCUCAAAAGUGUCUCCAAGAACAUUUCGGAAUUGGACGAAUUUGAUGUUAGUCGAGUUGAUCGUAUUCAGUAUAUGUGAUGAUCAUUUUGUUGCGAAUCUUUCCAUCUAAAGAAGUGUUGGGACAAACUUAACUGUUCAUUCGUGAAAGUCGGCUGUGACAUUUCAUGUUUUGACUGGUUGUUUUUGCUCUUUACAUAAGGUGAAUGUUUAAAUGUGCUAUUUAUUUUGUAUGAAAUAAAAUUGGUUUGCCAGUAA